AGGGACAAGAUCCGUGGUCUGCGGCCGCAGAAGAUAUACGUAUACGACGUAUUGGGCGUUUCGGAAACCCGACGUUUGCUAUUCAUUGCUUAGCGCUAGUUUUGUGGAUCAUCAUCGUGGUUAAGCUUUAGGACGAUACGGAACUCGGACAAUACACUGCCAAAAUAUCUUAUUCCCCGAUGGCAAACGGGAAAAGUAAAACAGGCGUGGCCGCUGGUGCCGUAAAUGUAUAGAUGGCGUCUGUAUUUCUCUUCUGCCUCGGUACUUCUUGUCUCUCCCUCCCACCAAACUCCCUUUCUUGCUCGUCCUCUUCUCGCCCUACAUGCCUUUCUCUGAGAAUGAUGUCCCGGAUCUUACGGGCAAAAUUGCUAUUGUUACUGGCGGCAACAGUGGCAUAGGAAAGCAAACUGUUGCUGUAUUAUUAUCCAAGGGUGCCAAGGUCUACGUUGCUGCUCGUUCAGAGGCUAAAGCCAAGCAAGCCAUCAAGGAGCUGCAAGAAGCGAGACCCGAGACCAAGAAAGGCCAGGUUGAAUACAUUACCCUGGACCUUUCUGAGGCGAAGAAGGCGAAGGCAGCAGCUAUCGACUUUAAACAGCGAGAAUCACGUCUUCAUCUUUUAUUCAACAAUGCUGGUAUAAUGGGUGUACCUAAAGGCUCUAAAUCACCAGAUGGCUACGAACUUCAAUGGGCUACGAACGUUUUUGGGCCUUUCGUAUUUACUCACCACCUCCUGCCUGUACUGAAAGCGACAGCUGCGGACUCACCUCCCGGCACUGUCCGUAUCAUCAAUACGUCAUCUUCUGGUGCAGGACAAGCGCCAAAGAAAGGCGAGCCCAUCCCUCUAGAUGACCCCACGGUUGGCGCAGGCGCAAAUCCUGCCUCUCCUUCCGCUUGCUACGGUCAUGGAAAACUGGGCGACAUCUUAUGGACCAGAGAGCUCGCAAAAAGACACAAGGAUAUCUGGAGUUUCGCUCCCCACCCGGGACCAGUGCAAAGCGAUCUCAUUAGGCACAUGGGAAUUCCAGGACCAGUUGUCUGGUGUUUGAACAGAGUUGUCUUCAAGCCUGUCGAAUACGGUGCACUUACCCAGAUUUUUGCUGGUACAAGCCCCACCAUCACCGCAGACAAGAAUGGAUCGUACCUGGUACCCCUUGCGCAAUUCACGAAUUCCCUCCCACACCCCCGGGCGAACGAUGAUGCACUUGGGAAGAAAGUAUGGGACUGGUGUGAGAAGGCUAUGAACCAGCAUGAUGCUGGAGAUGAUGCAAUUUAAGGAGUUGAUUAGUGCUAUAAUUCAUGUUCCAAUGUUGAGCACAGUACUCGUUUUCACCGGUGAACUUUUGAUUUUGCAACCACCAUAUGCCAUUUACGACGUUUAUUUGUAUUAGCACUUUUUUCUACCGUUUUUCUACACGCUAUAGUAGUAACAGCUGAUUUGGAAAAUCACUCUUUUGUUCUCCAAUAGUAUUAGUAAGCUAGCUUACUGUGGCUGACCUAGUAGUCAUCCUAACUUUUCUGCUUGAUUACACUGCACUUUCGAGUAAAGUAAUACUUUGUAUUUUUCUCGUGAAAUCCCAAAUAGUACGCAAAUAAUGCUUUGAUAAUAUUCUAUAUCAGGUAAUACCACAUUUUUAUUC